AAAAUAGUUAGUUUUGGUGUACGACGAGUUCGAAAGUGUUCUUUAGUAUUGCUGCUGUUGAGUUAAAAAAAAGCAGAAAAAAUAUAUCUCGAACUAUUUUUUGGCUUAUAAACGAGUACAACAACAAUAAUAAAUAUUCUAUUUUAUAUUGUACCCAAUUUCAUCGAGUUUUCUUGGCCACGAGUUAUUUAUUAAUUACUAUAAAUUUUGGUAUCCAGUAAGGUUGUGUGUUGUUGAUGUUGUGCCUAGUUCACCCGUGGAAUUUUUUUGCGAAUUUCGCUUUGGUAUUCAUUCGUUAAAGCAUGCUGAAGAGAACCAACCAAAUGUAUCAACCGAAUUUUUAGUGUCACUUAUUCUAUUUCUGGCUAAGUUUUUCUUUCGAGAACAAAGAAGUAAAUUUUAACGCGUAAAGUGCAGAAAAAAUAUAACAAGAAAGAAAGAAGUAAAAAUCGGUGAAUAAGGCAAACACAAAAAGUGCUAAAGAAAGAACUGUCUUCCUGUUUGUGUGGCCUACGGGUUGUUUUUCUGUUUGGCUGUGAGCGAAAUAAAAACUUCAGCGUUUCAUCAAAUCCGACGACAGAAAAAUCUGCACAUAUUCGCAAGCUUUGGAAGAAUCAAGAAGGAUAAAUAUAAUUGCAGAGCAAGCUUAAUUUUUAAAAUUGCUUUGAAAGUUUAAUAUAUCUUUCAAACAUAAAGCCUACCAACAUCAAAGAAAAAAACAUAAAGAUACUAAAAAAAAUUGUGAUAUUGGUUUGCAAGACAAAAGAAUUUUAUGUCGAAAUUCUGCCUUGGCUAUGGAUUGUAAAUUUGUUGUAUAUAAUGCGGCUCGAGACAACAACUUAUCGCAGUUGAAGCAUACCCUCUCCAACAGAUCAGAGUCAGAAACAAAAAUGCUUAUAUCUGCGAGAGUUAACGGAGCAACACCAUUAGUAAUUGCCUGUCGAAAUGGUCACUAUAACAUUGUAGAGUAUUUGCUAAAACGACACGCCAAUGUUGAGCAAGUAGGUUCCGUGAGUUUUGAUGGUGAGCCCAUUGAGGAUGCGCCACCGCUAUGGUGCGCCGCAGCAGCUGGUCAUUAUGGUAUUGUAAAGCUCCUUGUUCAUCAUGGGGCAAAUGUAAAUAGUACCACCCGCACUAACUCUACACCACUCCGCGCUGCUUGUUUUGAUGGACAUUUUGAUAUUGUCAAGUUUCUGGUGACCAAUGGUGCAGAUUUUGAAGUGGCAAAUCGACAUGGACAUACAUGCUUAAUGAUCGCAUGCUACAAAGGUCAUUAUAAGAUCGCUCAGUAUCUAUUAACUUUAAAUGCAGAUGUGAAUCGGUGUAGUAUAAAAGGAAAUACCGCUUUGCAUGACUGCGCAGAAUCUGGUUCACUCGAGAUUUUGCAAUUGUUGUUAAAACAUGGCGCAACAAUGGAUGUCGACUAUUAUGGUAUGACGCCGCUUUUGGCUGCGAGUGUGACAGGGCAUUUGCCAAUUGUGGAACAUCUUAUUACUUUGGCCUGCGUUAGUAGAAAAAGUCGCAUCGAUGCUUUAGAACUCUUGGGUGCAACAUACGUAGACAAAAAACGUGACAUGAUUAGUGCUUUGUCCUUGUGGCGAAGGGCAAUGGAGGAUCGAAAUCAAGAACCUAAAAUACCAAAAACUAUCAGCGAACCAAUUGCAGCUUAUGAAUAUGUAUCGGAAGUGAAAACAAUAGAAGGACUCGAAGAGUUAGUGCUAGAUCCCGAUGAAAUGAGAAUGCAAGCUUUAGUUAUACGACAGCGAAUUUUAGGUCCUACACAUCCUGAUACAAGCUAUUACAUACGUUUCAGAGGAGCGCAUUAUGCAGAUGCUGGACGUUUUGAUCGUUGUAUUGAGCUAUGGACGUAUGCUUUGACGAUGCAGCAGAAAAUUUUACAACCUCUCAGCCCAAUGACCCAAUCAUCUUUGUUAUCAUUUGCGGAACUGUUUAGUUUUAUGCUUGUUGAAGCCGGUCGUUUAUUGCCUCGCGGUCGCAUUGUUCCUCCAAUUGAAGCCAGAGAUAUGUUGCUGAUAUUUAAUAAGGCUGUUCUAGAAGUGGAGCGAGGCCUUAAAUGGACUAUAGAACAGGAAAAAAAUCCGGCCAUAGUACCAUCAAUACAUGAUUGUAAUCACGAUCCAAACGCGCUGAGCCGCGCCUUAGUAAGCGCUUUACAUAUUGGUUGUUUAUUGGCUUCCCUCGAAGAAGAUGAAAGUUUCUGCCCAAAUAUGCGCAAACAAAUUUUAUAUUCUUUGUACAAGUUGAAUCGGCUUAAAGUGUCUGUUCGAUCGGGACGAACAGCUCUACACUACGCUUGUUACCGAGAGGGAACCCUUGUCGGUCGUUAUCCAGCUUGUCAGUUUCCUUCCCCAGCACUAGCUAAAGCUCUACUCGAAGUUGGAGCUGACCCAAAUGCUAGGGAUGAUGCAGGAAACUCUCCUUUGCAUUUGGCUGCAACAGCGCAACAAUGUCCUCGAACGCUUUCAAAAGUUCUUUUAAAACAUGGCGCGCAUCUGGAUGCCAAAAAUGAUGCCGGUGAAACUUUCGAAUCAUUGUUGAAACCCAGGAAAAUCCAUGAAGUCGUCAAUCCAUUGAAAUAUACCACUCUAGCUUGUUUGGCUGCACGAACCAUACAAAAACAUCGAAUUAAAUAUAUGAACAUUGUGCCUCCAUCGCUUUAUACUUUUAUUGAAAUUCAUUAAUUGCUGUAGAGCGUCAAUACCGCGAUGAGUAAUGGUAUAUUGUACGCUUAUAGUGUGGAUGACCAUUAACCAUGUGGCAAAUGUUCGAGGUUAUAAAUAAUUUGUGAUCGUUUUUCAAAUUUGAUUCAAUCUUAUUUUACAUGUAUAUUGCUUAUCGAGUGACAUAUAAGAAAACAUUUAAGUUAAUUAUACUAACGUUCAUGUUUAUUUUAUUUUUCUUUAAUAUUUGCACUGAUAAAUAUAAUGUAACAAAAUACAGUAGACUUUAGAGGGUUCAAUGUUAAUUUGGUUUUAAAUCAUUGAUUCGGAAAGGAACAAACCAUUAUAGGAUCAUUUUAUGACAAACAGAAAACUCUGUGCAAGUCACAAAUUAGGGGUAUUGAUAAACAGAUUAAGUUUUAUAUGAAAGUGUUUGAGCAAAAAUGAUGUCGAAAAGGCAAAAUUGUAAAACUCUUAUGGAAUACUUAACGAUUUGUGUGUCUAGGAUUAAGUAUAUAAUACAUUCAUAUAAAUACAUUCAUAGAAAGAAGAGAAAUCAAACGACUAGGCAAAUAAGUAUAACAAAAUAAACUUCAUAAUUUGAAAA